AUACGUUUUCAAAAAAUGCAACUGAGUUCCAUUGCGAUACGUUUAAAGAUCAAAUGAGCAUAGGAAUCUUCAGACCUGGGAUUAAUUUUCAGUAACUUCCAGUUAUUCAUAACCAUAUCCAGUUUGGGUAAAGAGCAAAGCUGGUAUAUUAGGUGCUAUUAUUCUGAUGGGAACAAAGACCGUACCAAGUUAUCACCAAGAAAACAUGGCGAUGACACAUGCCGUACCUGUCGAUAUGACAGCUAACGCUUUAAUUGCAUGUACUUAUGAUGUUAUCCACAAUAAAUCGAAGGAUACCAAAAUUUACAAUUAUACAUCUAAUAACAACCCUAUUACCUUCUACGAAGGUUGUAUGAUUGCAACAAAGAACAAAAUCACUGGAGUAUUUACUAAAAACUAUUAUUGGAAUGUAAUCAAAAUGUUUAUACUCAUGUAUCUUCCAUUUAUGUUCAUGGAUGUUUUCCGUUUCUUUACAAGACAAAAACUAAAGUAUCUACGUUUAUAUAAGAAAAUCAAUCAAUUCCUAGACGCGAUCUACUACUUUUUCAACAAACCUUUGUUUGUAGACAAUGACAAUUUGGAAAAUAUUUGGGAUUCGCUCAGUCAGCGUGACAAAGAAUUGGUCCCGUUCAAUUUAAGGGUCAUCGAUUGGAAAGAUUAUUUCAAUAACGUGCCUUAUGGUAUCGAGAAAUAUAUGGGUAUUAAGAUGAAAUUUUAAUUUUUACUUAUUGUUAUAUAAUUUAUAAGGAAUAACAUAAAUAAAUUUGGCUAUAGAUCGUUUAACGUUACCUCUGAUAACGAAAUCCGUAAUUACAUGUAUGUUUCACCUGUAUAUAA